GGGGCUGGGGCUAAAAAGGGCUGGGCUUGUUUGUUUGUACUUCACCUUGGUUUGCCGGAGGAUGCUGAGCGAUCGCGGUAGUAGCUUGCGCAGCACGUGUCUCGGCCAUGUGUCCCCCCGCCACGUGCCGCUUCACACGCAUGGCUCCACACGCGUGCGCCUCCGCACGGCUUUGCCGCCGGCUGCCACCCGUGUGCAGGUGCGGCUGUACGGCGCUUGCUUCCUGCACACGCUGUUGAACAGCUCGGGGCUGCCGCUGGUGUCCAGGCCGCAGGACGCCUGUGUGCUGGUGCCGUCGCUGGACGCCAACUGCGCCUUCAACACAUGCGACGAGACGAAGCUAACGCAGCUGGGGGCGGCGCUGGCGGCGCUGCCGCACUGGGACGGCGGCCGCAACCAUUUGGUUUUUAACUACAACAACGAUUGGGAGCACGCGCGCUUUUCUGUAGGCCAGGCGAUUGUGGCGCGGGCGUCUUGGGUCAAGAACACCUAUCGCCGCGGGUUUGACAUACAGCUGCCGCUGACCCGGCCCAAAAUCACGCCGCCGGACGUCUGGGUGCUGGCGUGGGGCGAAGAGCUGCUGCAGGCUGACCGCAGGGCCGGCGCCGGAGGCAGCAGCAGCGGCAGCAGCAUCUUGAGCCCAUGGCAGAAGCUGGAGCUGCCUCAGCCACCGGCCGCCGGCACAGACGCAUCCAGCGCCUCCGCAGCUGGCAAUGCAAGCCAGGGUGUCGGAGCCCAGCCUCGCCGGUGGCUGCAGGGUAUGGUGGAGGCCCCAGACGCAGCCGCUGGCGCUUGGGGCGAGGACACGGAGGCUCUGGGUGGGCGACUGUGGAGCUGGGACAGCAAGCUACUGCCAGCGGCACAGCAGCCACAGCACGGGGCGCAGGUGCUACAGCCGCAGCUGCAGCUUGAGCCGCGGCGGCGGCUCCAGGCUGCAUCUGCGGCAGUACGGCAGCGAAACGAAGCCCGGGUCAGCAGCCCGCAUGCUCGUCACCUGUCCUGGUGGUUCUGGCCCUGGGACCGCAAGAGCACUGGCGGCAGGAGUGGCGGCGACACGGUUCGGGGGGGCGCCAGCUUCAAUGACACGCACCUGACGGGCCCGCUGCGUCACGACCUCCUGCUGUACUUCAACGGCUGCCUGCUGCCGCGCUGGUACGACUGUGACGCGACGCGGCCGCGGCUCUUCGACAUCCUCAACGCCCAACUGCCACCCGCGCGGCCCCAUCUGCGCCGCGGCGUGGUGCUGCAGGCGCGCUGCUGUGGCGACCACUCGGCCGGCCCGGCGGCCGCGCACUGCGGCGGCUGCGUUGACAACCGGCGGUCGGGCCCCCGUGGCGGCAUGGACAGCUGCACCGCUGCCUGGCCGGACGUGGGCUUCCAGGAGGGCAUGCGGAGGGCCCAAUUCGCGCUGUCGCCGCGGGGAUGCGGUUCGCAGUCCUACCGGCUCCUGGAGGGCGCGGGGCUGGGAACGGUGCCGGUGCACGUGGGCGAUUCCACCGUACUCCCCUUUGAUGGGGAGGCGGGGCUGGGCAGGCUGUGGGCCGCGUGCGUAGUGGAUGUGAAGUUGGAGGAGGUGAAGAAGGGGCAGCUGCUGCCGCGGCUGCGGCGGCUGGAGGAGGAGGGGGGCGGUGAGGGGUACGUGGCACGGCAGGCUGCAUGCGCGCGUCUGGCGGCGUUGCGCAGUUGGGAGGUGCGGGUGGUGGCGCUGCAGGCCGUGUGCACGCUGGCGCUAAGGGUGGAGGCCCAGUUCGCGGCAGGUGCCGGCGCCGGUGCGAGAGCUGGGGGUGCGGGUGCGGGUGCGGGUGUGGGUGCGGGUGCGGGUGCGGGUGAUGGGCGCGUGCCGGAUCAGAUGCGGCAGCUUUGCGCCUCCGUGGGCGCAGUGCCAUAGUAAUUUUGCUGUUCGUAGUUUCAGCAAAAUGGGCAGAGCGCUUGCGGCAGUGGGCAUGCUGGCUGCAUUGACAUAAGUCUGGUGGUAACUAUGAUGCAAUGGGCAGAACAAAUGAUACGCGCAGCGGUGAAGUAAAAGGGAAUCGUGCAGGGCAACAUGUCGCUACUGCCGGAAGGGGUUUCAAGUGCCCCGUUGUUUCAAUGCACAGCGUUGCGUGGUGUUUUGUGUGCAGUUAUGCACGCGCAGGAAUGACGAUGCUAUGAACUUGACUUAAGCCAUUGAAUACGCUCUGUUUGGGCUGGCACGACGAUGGGCUGGCAGCCUGGCACGACCAUUGGGGAUUCGUGUUGAUAUGCGGGUGAGGAUGUACACGGAUUGGUGGUGCGUCGCGAUAGCAAUGAAAUAGCACUGAAGCAAGCGACAGUGGCGGCCGGGGCCGGUCUCCGGUGGUCCGGUGCGUGGACGGCUGUGGUGGUCGAACCUGAAUGAACAGGCACUUGCAGUUUAGGCCUGGGGCUCU